UUAAGGGCAAAACAGGUGGUAGAAGAUGGAAUUAGUACAUGGGAAAAACAGGAACUGAGAAAGUAGAAAACAUGUUGUGCUAUGACUAAGCAAUUUACUAUGUGAAUUCUUGUAACCAAUCUGAUCUGUGAAUGAACUGCAUGGACAGUGCGUGAACAGAGACUGUAAGCCAAUCAUAUAGCUGCCGCUAGCGCGUGCUCUUAUUGCCUGUCUAUAUAUACUCUGUGAAAACUUGAAUAAAGGGAGAACGAUCAUACUCAUAUUGAGAUUCCAUCGUUACUCCGGGUCCGUCUUCCACUCCGACGUCCUCCGACAUCUGGUAGCAGAGGAUGGUUCAGCGCGACUGAGUUCUCCGAGACUGCGGUAAGCAGCUAGAUGAGGGGAGUGGGAAACUUCGGCUGGGAGACGUGCUGCUUGGGCGCAUCAGCGGGAGCAGACAACGGCGUGAGGUCGCUCCUCACCUCCCAGGCGCAGCUAUGGAAACAGAAGCUGCGGCCACGCUACUUGCUGGGAUCCUCUCUAUGAGAGGGAUUGAAACACCAGCGAAACUGUUGCUCAAACUGAUUAAGCCGGGGCAGGAGAUGGGGCAACAAGUAACAAAAGAAGAAGGGGCUAUAUUAAGACUUCUCCUGCAUAUCCUCUCUAAGAGAGGGGUGAAAUACGAUGAGCGUAUGCUCCGAAGGUUGUUAACCUGGUGCAGAGAGAACGGAUUCGCACCAGAGCCCCAAACAGCUUUUAAACCAGAAACAUGGGGGGCUGUUGGGAAAAAACUGUGGGAAAUGAUAAGUAAAGGAGACAAAGAGGCAUCACCGUUAGCGAUGACAUGGUGGUUGGUGUUAUCGACCUUACAAGAUAUGAACACAGAGCGAGCCACAGCAGCCGGGGCUUUUGCAGCAUUACAACCCACGGGAGGGGGAUCGAACAGGCCAGGUCCGAAGGUCUGGGACAAUCCCCUGCUGAUCCCCUCUGCUCCACCUGAGGCCGAUGGAGGAGGCAGAAUGUCAGCAGAGAAGGACAGAGCCGGAGCUGUUUGCUCCUGCCAUUGCCCGCCUCGCCCCCUCCCCUCCCCAGUCGUCCCCCUGAGAUAGAAGUGCUGGUUUUGUAUGUCUGCUGUGUAAGUGUGUGUGGGCGCCGGCUUAUACCUGCUGAUCAGCAUGUGUGCUACUGUUUGCUUUUUGUUGUGUGCAGUGUCGUUAGGUGACUCCACUUGAGCAGGUGUUCUGUCCGGUGUGGUACUGUUGUCGUAUGCAACUAGGGCUGACACUCCGUCAAGUGAAGAAGUUUGUGUAUACACAAUGUUUAGAUGUAAGGCGAGCGCGCCUCAGGUAGAUACACCAGGAUGGGCUGUAGAACCGAUGGAAGUCCUGAAAUAUUGGGGGAGUUUUCACGAGCCGACACGUCUCGGGAACGGCUCGCCCGUGCAGGGCGUAUCGCUGGUUGUUUGUUGUUUGUCUAUAAGGUCAUGGUUGAUUGGGAAAAGGAGUUGAGCCAAAAUCUAUAGGAUGCUCUGUAUGAAAAUGAGAAACUUAAGGAAAAAUGAGAAACUGAGCUCUUGUUGCAAAGGCAGACUUUUAUGUCAGUCGUAAGUGAUGGGGGGGAAAAAAAAAAAAAAAGAAAAAAAAAGAAAAAAAAAAGAAAGAAAAAAAAGAAACAAAAAGAAACAAAAAGAAAAAAAAAAAGAAAAAAGCAAAAAAGAAAAAAAAAGAAAAAAAAGGAAAAAAAAGAAGAAAAAAAAAGAAGAAAAAGAAAAGAAAAAAAAAAACCAAACAGGAACAAUUAGAUGGGAAAUGUGCCACGUUAGCACAAAAGUGUGCCAUACGCAUUACGAGAAAGCAUCAGAAAAAGAGAAAUAGGACACCUGAUUCAAAGCAGUGCCAUAGAGAUAUGUUUUUUUGGGUUUUUCCUAUAUGUGUCUAUGUUAUUGCAUGCCUUAGUAGAUUGCUCUGUGUUAUACCCUGCGAGACUAAAAUGAACCCAGCAGAAGCGGUCGCUUGAGCAAGGGGGUGGAAUAUGGGAAAGCAACAGAAGAUCGGCGAGGAGGACUGUAAAUACACUCAAGGGACUCGCACCUGGGUGCUGGAAAACACAGAUAUCACACCAAUUGUUAUUCAGUCUUGGGUGCUGGCAAGAAAAACAUUUGGAUGACAUAAGCCUGUGAUGGACUCACAGACACCUUAUCCAGCUGCUUGAGAAUCUUGGCCUGUUGUGGAAGAAGAUCAAAGCACAGUACCAGCAAGAACAGGGAGUCCGCAUGCGCUCUUGCUAACGAGGACUCUUUUGCUGCCAAGGAUUCUUGAUAACAAGGACUCUCUUGCUGCCAAGGAUAAGUUUAGCAAUGCUACUAGUACAGCUAUUUCUGAGUUAUUGCUAGAUAUAGAUAGUAUUCGAUAUGCGAUGUUGCAAAACAGAACUGCUACUGAUUUUUUGCUUUCAGCUCACAGACAUGGUUGUCAAGAUUUUAAAGGACUGUAUUGUGUGAAUCUAAGUGACCACUCCAAAUCCAUCCAUGCCCAGUUGCAGGAACUGCACUGACCGAACCAGCAACUUGUGGAGACCACUUUUGAAAAUCUCUUUGCUGGAUGGACUCGGGGGUGGGGUUGGUUGAAGCAAAUUAUACUCAUCACCUGUGUGGAAGGAAUUUGUCUGUUAUGUUUAGUAUGCUGUUUGCCGUGUUUAAUAAGCAUUAUACGAUCAGCUGUAAAUGCUGCUUUGCAUCGUACCCUUGAACAAGUUGUAGAAUAUGUUGCUCUAAAAACUAUGUGUGUAUCCAUGAGAACCCGACCUUCACAGAAGAAGAUAACAAGAAGGGAUUACAACAAUGUAGACACGUAUCAGACAGCUGCUGUUAGCAAAGCUGGAUCAUGAGUUUGGUGAGACUCGCUGCAUACACUGGCCACGUGUGCAGCGACUCUGGCCUGUACUUUUCUACUCGAUCCAGCGCAGGAGAGUCUGGUGGGACUCGCUGCGUGCACUGGCCAUGCGUGCAGCGACUCUAGCCUGUACUUCUCCACUCAAUCCAGUGCAGGAUAUAAGGGGGCUGUCUCGGGUCAGAGAGGAGGAGAGAGACAUGAGCGCACUUUGAAGGUACAGGGGAUGCCCUGAAGCACUGUGUCUGCUCCCCACCCCCCCCCCCCCCCCGUAAGUUUUAUGUUCAUUAACCCCAACAGCUCUGAAGGCAUUACAGUAUGUUGCAAGAUAAGAUAUAGUCUACUACUGCUGCAAGACACACUGAACACCUUCCUACAAGAAUUUCAACUUUAUGCCCUGAUAGGACAGUGGGAUGAUGCACUCGCAAAGAGCCUGACUGCAUUACAGUCCGUCUCCCACUCCGACGUCCUCCGACACAGCCCUUCCCUGGCAUGGCCUUCCUCAGCCCGGAGUGCCACGGGAGAAGGGAACAGAUCCUGCUCCAGCGAGGGGAAUAUGGAGGAGCCCCUGAGUCCCCAGGACAGAGGGAAAUCCCCACACGCAGAGAUGCCUCGGGGCACAGGUGAAAGGCGACAGAGAAGACUUGUGGUGUGGGUCGUGGUGCUGGUUGUGCUGGUGGCUCUGGUGCUGGCUCUGGCUGUGGCUGUUGCUGCACUCUCAGCAGGAAGAUGUGGAGGGGAUCCAGCUGUGCCUGCGGCUCUGGUGCUGGCCUGUCCUGAUGACUGGGUCGGGUACCACAAUGUCUGCUACUCCUUCUCGAGGGCUGAGGGGAGCUGGGAGUGGAGCCAGGAGCAGUGCUCCUCGCAUGGGGCCUCGCUGGCCAUGCCCCGGAGGGAGGGGGAGAUGGAGUUCCUCUGGAGUCAGAAGGCCCAUGUUGAUUACUGGCUUGGGCUGCGGAGACAAGGCGAGCGCCUGCAGUGGGUGGAUGGCAGCAGCUUCAACCAGACGCCGCUAAUCGUCAUAAUUAAUAAACUUGAUGGCUGAAGAGGAGGGAAGUCGUAACAAGGCAAGUGUACUGGAAGGUGCCCUCAGCAUACCAAGACGUAGCUGGAAGACAACAGCAUUCAGCUCACGCCUGAAAGGCGUCUGCCACACACCAGAUCGUCGUGGAGUUGUUAAGUAAUGGUUAGAGUUGGGAAGGAACGACCUCCUCCAGCCCGCUCCUGCCGCCGCCGCUGCCAUGUGGGUCGUUCCGGAGUUUCUUUCUACGACGAUGUGUCCUCCUACAGCGACCGUUCCCCGGUACCGGAAAGGUUUCCCGAACGUGCCGCAGGGUCGGGGCACCGGCAGCGUUUGGGGUUUUUCACCUGGAUCCUUUGCCCUCCGCGGGCAGCUCCGAGCUCCCGAGAAGCAACAUCCUCCUUUCCCAGGGCCGGGCCGACCUUUCACGUCCUUUCUUUCCUCCCCAAACCCGCAGGGAAACUCCCCUGCCUCGGGGCGCUGGGGCCCACCUCUCGAAACACCGCACACAUCUGGCGCCGCGGAGAGCGACGGCCGCCCCGGGGGUGGGGGGGGAGGCGGUUUCCAUCGCGGCUGCGGGGACUAAAAGUCACCAUCUUUCCCCCAAAAUGGCCCGGGCUGAGGAAGAACGGCCCAGAACGGCGUGACAGAGCGUGGGAAAGUGCUUCGCCCCGGGCGCGGCCUCGCAAACGCCUCCCUCAAAUGACGGAAUUUGCACCCAAAACGGGGGCGCUGGGCCCGGGCGGAACGUGAGGCGAGGGGCGACUCCUGAGGGGAGCUGGAGGCGGCGCUCCCAUUGGCUGCCUCUAUCGCCACUCCUCGUCCUUGCGCGCUGAUUGGCCGCAGCGGUG